UAGUCUGCUUUGCGAUCUGUUCGAUACUUGCACGAUCCACACGGAAGUGUUCUGCCAUUUUCCACAAGGAAACUUUCGCAAACGAGAUGAAAUUCGCCACCGCGUUUGUUGUGCUAGCCGCCGUGCUCGGUAGCUGCUAUCUGGUGACUGCUCAGACGCACAACUAUUUCUUCGGAGCCCGCGUCCCGUACGACACGCUCCUGAAUCAGACCACCGUGAUCCAGUCGAGUUCGUUCCUGCGCGUCAAGUCACUCAACGUGGAGUAUCCCGGGAAGGGACAGCGCGGUCGCAACAUUACCGCCAUCUACGUGUACGAUCGGCUCGGUUCGGGCCGUGGAGGGUUCGCCAGCAUUACGAAAGGUGGUAUCGGUCAGAACUACACCCGCAUCCAUCUGAAGACGCAGCGCGGCAAUGGCAUGAACUUCCAGGUGGAAAUUUACGGCCGAUAAACUGAAGGAUGCCGAAUGCAUCGUGUGAAAUAUUGUAAAAAGAAGCACAUAAAAAGGAAAUAGAUAAUAUCUGCUAACAUGAUUUUAUAUCAAAGCAA